CGCCCCCGGCUCGAACUGGCGCAGUCGGCGGAGCGCCAACCGUGAGCACUGCUGCAAGUGUCCCGGAGCUCGGUCCCCGGUGCAGGCAUGAUCGGCCAGAAAACCCUCUACUCUUUCUUCUCCCCGACCCCUACCGGGAAGCAGAGCACGCGCAGCCCCGAGCCCACCCCGAAGGGAGACGUGGCUGCCGAGGACAGCGGCGAUACGGCCAGCCCCGCCAAGAAGGCCCGGGUCGGGCAGGACGAGCCGGCCACGCCGCCCUCGUCGCCGCUCAGCGAGGAGCAGCUCGUCCGCAUCCAGAGGAACAAGGCCGCGGCCCUGCUCAGGCUCGCCGCUCGCAACGUGCCCGCCGGCUUCGGCGAGAGCUGGAAGCAGCACCUGAGCGGAGAGUUCAGGAAGCCGUACUUCAUCAAGCUAAUGGGCUUUGUUGCUGAAGAGAGAAAACAUCACAAGGUCUAUCCGCCUCCGGAGCAGGUGUUCACGUGGACCCAGAUGUGUGACAUCCGAGAUGUGAAGGUUGUCAUUCUGGGACAGGAUCCUUAUCACGGCCCUAAUCAAGCUCACGGGCUCUGCUUCAGUGUGCAAAGACCAGUUCCACCUCCACCCAGUUUGGAAAACAUUUUUAAAGAGCUGUCUACAGACAUCGAUGGUUUUGUUCAUCCUGGCCAUGGGGAUUUGUCAGGGUGGGCCAGACAAGGUGUCCUCCUCCUCAACGCUGUCCUCACUGUCCGCGCCCACCAGGCCAAUUCCCAUAAGGAGAGAGGCUGGGAGCAGUUCACUGAUGCAGUUGUGUCCUGGCUAAACCAGAACCUGACUGGCCUUGUCUUCCUGCUCUGGGGCUCCUAUGCUCAGAAGAAGGGCAGUGCCAUCGAUAGGAAGCGUCACCAUGUCCUGCAGACAGCCCAUCCCUCCCCACUGUCGGUGUACAGGGGAUUCUUUGGAUGUAGGCAUUUUUCUAAAGCCAAUGAACUGCUCCAGAAGUCUGGCAAGAGGCCCAUCAACUGGAAGGAGCUGUGAUCUGCAGUGCGGGCCACCUGUCUCCAAUAGUGGCUCUGGGAUGCUGCCACUGAAGCAUUGACCAGUUUAGAAGUCACUGAAAAUGUCCCUGCUGUUAAGUUUCUGUUUGUGAGGACAAUGGAAAGAUCUCUGUAAAGCAGUCACGUGCCAGCCAGGCUGCAGAAACCACAACUUUAGCAACCAGACCCCGAUUGCCACUUGGUUGAAACUCUAUGGGCUAGUCAGGGUGGCUUCUCAUGGUCCAGUCACAUACUCGGCCCUCUGGGCUAUAUUGGCUUGCGGGAGAGAUUUGUACCUUUUGAUCAGCUAAAAUUUUGGCACCUACUGCUGUUUACUUUUGCCUUUAGACUAGAGGUUUCAAGGUGUUCUGGCUCUAAAGGGUGUUUUGUGAUCUUAAGAAAUGAGGCUAGAAAUUGAGACUGUUCCCAAUUACAAAGGGAGCAAGUGUGUGUUUUCCUGGGCUCAGGAGUGGCUGUUGCCCAUCCUGCUGCUUGUCUAGAUUUUUGCCUUAAGCAAGUGGUAAGUUGAGCAAAGCAGAAGACAGGUUUGUUUUUGUUUUAAAUGGGGGGGGGAGUUCUUCUCCUGGCUUUGGGGUUGGGGUUCCCCACAGCAGAUGGCCGGAUGCUGGUUUGUGUAAAGAGCUGGGGAUCCAGCCCUAGGGUCCUGGUUUUUAUGGACUGAAUUCACGCAGAUUAUGUUUUUCUGCAACACUGCAGGAUAUUGUCUUUUAUAAGAUGGGCAAGUACAUCUAUUUUUUUCAAUUCUUUUUUGAGAGACAAUCUACUAAGUUUAUACCUCACCCUGGAUUCAGUAGAUCGAGCUGGUUAGAGAAGUGACCCUGCAUGGGCAGGAUAAUAAAGACUGUUGAGUUUGGA